AUGCGUUCAGCAAACCGUUCGCGUAUCAACACGGGCGCAUCAACGCCGCCCCCAUCACCUUCAUCAUCAUCAUCGUCAACGACGACGUCGACAACAACACCCCCAAAUUCUCAAUCUACAAAUGAAUCAUCCGGAGAAUUUCUCAUUGUUUUAACUAAUAGUCAACACCUAUUACGACGAUUAGCAGCUGAUUAUCAGAAUGCUGAAAUACUUCGAAGAAGUGUUUCAAUUGGAAACGACACAACCAUGUUCAAUACUGAUCGGGAACGGCUUUUGACUGCGCUGUUACAAGUUGAAUUACGACAGGUUGCUCGGGAUUAUCUUUCUCGAACUCGACGAUCUUUUCCAAUUCAAUACUUGUUCAAUAUGUCUGAUAUCGAUUCAACGCAUCGUCGCACAUAG